AUGGCGUGGGGCGUGUUCACGUUCAGUAGAGACGGGCGCGCGCGGCUGGCCGGAGUGCUGCGCGCGCUGCUCAUUGCCCAGCUCGUCGUCUCCUUGUGCAUGGUCAUCUUCUGCUACAACACCAGUCUGCGGGUGAUGCUGCUGCUCAAGCAUAUACAUAAGGUAACAGUCCUACUCUUGUAUGGACUGAUCCUAUUCCAAGCUUACGGUAUGAAGCUCCAUUACACUGGAGGACUGCGCCUCAUAGCCGUGCUGCUGAAGUGUCCUCACUGGAAGCGAGCGACCCUUGUCAGUAGCGUGUGGCUGGUCAGCGGCACGUUGGUCGCUGCUAACGGCAUGCUCGUGUAUGCUGCCUGCAGAGGGACUUUGAAGGCUCUGAUGAAGGAGUUGUCGUCAUCGCUACGUAUCGGUAUCUCGCAGUAUUUGACGGAGCCAACGUGGAAAGCGCUCCUGGAUACAAUGCAGGUGGAACUGAGCUGCUGUGGAGCGGACAAGCCGACAGACUGGCACGAGAUACCUUGGAUCAACAUGGAUUUUCUCAACGAAAAAUCCGAAUUGGUUAUGAAGUUAGCGGGUGCAGACGGUAAGGUGCUGCCCCCUGUGUCUCCGUACUCAUGUUGCACUCCUCGAGUGCUUGCUCCAUGCUACCACGACCCUUUACAACAGUCGGAGUGGCGCGAGGUAUGGUCGGAGUCGUCCCCGCUCCUGUCCGCGUCGCUGCACACGCGCGGCUGCGUCGAGGCGGUGCGCGCGCCCCUCACCCGCGCCCUGCUGGCGCUGCAGUGCUUCAACAUGCUCGUCUUCUUGUUCCAAAUCCUGAUCGUGGUACUGACGCAGCUGCUGCGUACGAGUGCCCGCGAGGCCGUGCUGCGCGGGGACUGCAGCGGGACGGGCCGCGCCGUGCUACUCGGGAGCCUGCCGCUGCAACUGCAGCGCACGACAUCGAGUCGGGAGGAGGAGCUACUGGCGUGUUCUAGUACGAGCGCGGGCGCAGCGCCGGGGACGAGCUACUGCGCGGACUACACGCGGCGCGCGCGCAGGCGGCACUGCCGGGCCAAGACUAGGCACAGCUACCCAUACUUGUCUUAG